UCUUAACCUACAUCACGAUAUAUAACAUAAUUUACGAUUGAUGUAUAGACACCAUCAAUAUUUUAACGGAUCUAAAAAGUCUCUAAUGCUUAAAUUCUUCGUUUUAACAACUGCCAGUAUAGCCAGAAUUACGGAUAAAUUUCCAGGAACUGAACUCAAUAGGGCUGCUCAUGUUUAUAAAUCUAAGCCUGAAUCAUCCGACAUAUUACAUCGUUCAAUAAAUAAUAGUUUACAGAGUAACAACAUAUGUGUAAUCCAAAUGCAUUCUCCAAAAAUUAUCCCUCAUCGCGCAGAAAAUUCUAACGUUACAUAUAGAAUCGAGUUUUUGAAUCAAUAUUUAAUUCAAAGCGAUUUAUCUAGAAAGUCAUCCCUCAAUGGUUCAACUAUCGAUCUAUCAGAUUAUUCUGGGGCUUUAUUUUACAUAAUUUUUGUUCUAAUGUUUUAUUCCUUCGGAAUCGUUAUUAUGAUGGCAAAAUACAUGAAGAGGGAACAAAAAGAAUACCAAGAGGCCAAAAAAUAUCAAAGGUACGUCAAGACGGCCCGGGAGUUUUAUAUGCAGAGUAUAAGUCGUAGUAGAGCUACGAAUAAACUUGCAUUGCAAGCUUUCAACACCAUAAAUUUGAUUCCGCAAAUCGUCAACAGUAAAAAUAGGCCUAAAAUCACAUAUGUUUAAUGUCAAAAUUGUUGAAUAUAAGUACAAUAAAAAAAAUUCACACCACAAAUUUUUUAUAUUACAUUCCAUUAUUUCUAAUAUUAAACUAGAUUUAUCUUAUGUUAUAUUUGUAUACUUUUGUAAGAUAAGUUUAGUGUAAAUUAUAACUGAAAAAAUAAUUUUUAUAUUU